GUUUUUCCAUUCAAAAUAAAACAUUUCUCCUAUAGUCAUGGGAUUUUUUCUCUUUUCACAAAUGCCCUCAUUUUUUCUUGUCUCUACACUUCUCUUAUUCCUAAUAAUAUCUCACUCUUCUCAUGCCCAAAACUCUCAACAAGACUAUUUGGAUGCCCAUAACACAGCUCGUGCAGAUGUAGGCGUGGAACCAUUAACUUGGGACAACGGGGUAGCAGCCUAUGCACAAAAUUAUGUUUCUCAAUUGGCUGCAGACUGCAACCUCGUACAUUCUCAUGGCCAAUACGGCGAAAACCUAGCUCAGGGAAGUGGCGAUUUUAUGACGGCUGCUAAGGCCGUCGAGAUGUGGGUCGAUGAGAAACAGUACUAUGACCAUGACUCAAAUACUUGUGCACAAGGACAGGUGUGUGGACACUAUACUCAGGUGGUUUGGCGUAACUCGGUUCGUGUUGGAUGUGCUAGGGUUCAGUGUAACAAUGGAGGAUAUGUUGUCUCUUGCAACUAUGAUCCUCCAGGUAAUGUCAUAGGCCAAAGUCCAUACUAAUUGAAAUGAAUGUCCAUUUCACGUUAUAUAUGUAUGGACUUCUGCUUGAUAUAUAUAAACAACUUAAAUAAUUGCACUAAAAAGCAACUUAUAGUUAAAAGUAUAUAAUAUUUGUAAUCCUCUGAAGAACUGGAUCUGUAAAAAGUCCAAGUGGUCUUAAUUAAGGGGGGGAGGAUAUAUGAAUUCAGCUUGAUGUAUGAUCUGAUAUUAUUAUGAACUCUUUAGUACUCUUACGAA